AUGAUUUUCGCAGCGUCCAACGCCCUCUUCGCGGCGUCAUCCUUGCUUUUGUUGGCUCCGUCUCCAGUGAAUGCCAUUACUUACAACGCCUCUACACAUGUCGACUGUUACUCGUCAUUACCAAGUAACUUUAUAGACAAUGGAACAUGGACAUAUCAGAGCUCAGGGUACUGCCAAGAACAAUGUGUUCCGAUGGGUUACUCGGUAAUGGCCAUGACGAAUGGCAAUGAUUGCUGGUGCGGUAACGAACUUCCAGCAAAUUCGACCAAAACUGAUACAUGUACCGACACCUGUGAUGGAUGGCAGGCUGAUGCUUGUGGCGGAAAGAAUUCAUACGAUGUUUAUCUAACUGGGUUGAAAUCGGAUGUACCAAUCGCAGAUAGUUCCAGCAGCACCACUACUAGCUCUGCCACCACCUCCACCACUGCUGGUGUUACCGUCAUUACCCAAGCAGGGCAAACAAUCGUUGUCACGGCAUCCAGCGAUGCCUCUGCCACGGCGAAAUCGUCCGGUGGUGGUACGAGCACCGCUGGCAUCGCUGCUGGUGUCGUUGUAGGCGUUAUCGCCCUCGCAGCAAUCAUUGGAGCCGCCGUAUUUUUCCUACGACGCCGUCAGAAACAACGCGUUGAAGAGGAAUACAGACGCAACGCUGAAAUCAGUGCCUUUACCCAGAAGAAGCCAUCAUCUAUGAGCUCGGAUGCCCGAUGGGACAGCGACUUUAUGGCUCAACGACGCCAAAGCAACGGCAGUAUUGCCGACGCCGGGGACUUUUCGCGACGCAUUCUCCAGGUCACCAACCCGGAUCGUUAA